AUGUGGCUCUCAGAUAACCAAAAAAUCGGGGUGAUCUUCUGCUCAGGCGGAGCCCUCUUCCUCUUCGGUGGCGUCCUUCUCUUCUUCGAUCGCUCGCUUCUGGCAAUGGGAAACAUCCUUUUCUUAAUAGGCCUCACGCUCAUAAUCGGUGUCCAAAAAACCCUAGCCUUCUUCAGCCGACGCCAGAAACUAAAAGGCACGGCCGCAUUCACCGCCGGCAUCCUCCUCAUCCUCCUCCGCUGGCCCCUCACGGGCUUCCUGAUCGAGCUGUACGGGCUAUUUAUCCUCUUUGGCGACUUUCUGAUCACGAUCGGGCAGUUUGCGGGCAAUAUCCCGGUUGUGGGGCCAUAUUUGCAGAAGGGUUUGGAGGUUUUGGCCGGCGGGAGGAGUAAUGCUGAGCUGCCUGUUUAG